UUGACAACAAUUUUAUCAUAAAAUAGAUAAUUUUCAUCGUUCGUGUUUUUACCAAUCGACAGAUAAAAGUUUGAUCUUUAUACAGUAUCUACGAGAUAUCAACGUUUCUUUAGACUUUGUAACAGUUUAUACGGGAGUUAAAAGGAGAUGAACGUGAAAAUUGGAAGAGCAUUAGUAACUGGUGGUGCACAAGGAAUAGGAAGAGCUGUUUGUGAAGCAUUGUUAAGCAGAGAAUGUAAGGUUUGCUGCGCGGAUGUGGAUUCUGCAAAAGGUCAACGCACAGUGGAGGAGUUGCAAAAGAGUUAUGGAGAAUCAAACUGCAUUUUUGUCAAAUGUGAUGUGUCCUCUUCAGAAGAAUUUGAGAAAGCUUACUUGAAAGCCAAACAUUCAUUUGGCAAUUUAAAUAUUUUAAUAAAUAAUGCGGGAGUUUCUCAAGGUAAUAAAAUUGUGGAUGUUAAUUUGAACGGUGUGAUAUAUGGCUGCAAUAUUGCAUUAAAGUAUAUGGGGAAGAAUAAUGGAGGAGAUGGUGGUGCUGUUGUCAAUGUUUCUUCUGUAGGAGGUCUUCAACCUGUGCCACCAAAACCUGUCUAUUCAGCAACCAAAGCUGGUGUAAUCAUUCUUACAAGAUGUUAUGGACUCCAUUAUGAAAAAAGUGGAAUUAAGUUUACCUGUGUAUGCCCAGCGCCUGUAAAUACUGAAAUGUUUCAAAAUGAUGUUAAAGCAACGAAUAUCAAUAAAGAUUUUAUAAGAAUAUUAGAAAGAAAUCCACCAAUGGAAUCAAGUGAAGUGGCCGAAGCAAUUAUUCAGCUCAUAGAAGAAGGAAAUACGGGAGCAGUUAUGACUGUUAUUAAAGGAGAGGAAAAUGAAUAUGUACAAUUUCCAGAUAAAAUGUACUUAAAAUAGUAUUAAUUUUGUAUAAAUGUAAGUCAAAUAUUUUCAGUUACAAACGCCAAAUUAUAAAAAUAAUUCAACACGUCUUAUUUUCGCAUAUCUUUUAGUGAUUCGAAAGGAUUCGUUUAUUCUUGGUAAUGUUAAAUCUGUAUAAAUUAUAAAUUAAAUCAAUACAUAAAUCUCAAAAUCCCGUUAAUGUUUAUUUUAUGA